AUGUGUUUUAUCUGUGACGUGGAUCAAAAAUGAGUUGGCAGCGUGUUCUAAUUUUUUUUAUUUUUGGGGAACAAUUAUUUCGUGAUCUAAUUUAUUUUUUUGUCAUUUCUAGAAUGAAACUGUGGCUGGAUCGAGGUUUUCGAUUCCGCAGAUUCGAACAAUUUCAACAUCUUCGCAAGAAAGUGAAGAAAUAUUGAAGGGAAAUGAGGAGAAGGUUGAUAAUUUGGAUAAAUGGAAGAAAAAGGUUAGUUCAAGGGGGAGGGGGUUGGGAGAAGGGGAAUUUUUUUGAAAAAUGUUUUUCCAAGCAUCUUAAAAAUCGGUUCCUAUUCAAAAAUCUCAUUUUUUUGCUAAACUUCUUUUAUUAAUGAGCUUAGCUUCAGAUUCUUGAGCUUCAGAUUUUUAGAUUCCUGAACUUCAGAUUCGGAAUUCAUAUUUACAGGAACUCCAUUUUUUUAAAAAACUUCCUAUUCCAAAUAAGUUCCUCUCAAGCAUAUUUUAAAAAAAUAUUUCGAUUCACAAAAAUCUGUAAAUAGUGAAAAAGUUAUUUUUGAAUUUUUCUCAUAGAUUCCGAAUCCAAGAUUAGCUCCAAAAUCUUCUAGCCAAAUUUCUAUCAAUACUAUUCCAAUUUUUAACAGUUCCCCUGUUGUAAAUAAGUGUUUCCUAAACGCCAAAAGAAAUUCCCGAAAUGUGAUUAUUCGCAUGGUUUAACGAUGUAACGGAAGGCGAAAACUUUGAUUUUAUGUGAUUUUUUCGCUGUUUUAUUAUUAUUGUAGCCUCUCCGCUUCGUCUAUCGUUUUUCUCUCUUUACAAGAUUUUUUGGUGUUUUUUUUUCAAUAAACCAAUCCUAACAUAAGUAAGACAUGAUAUAUUUUACAAUCUCUGCUGACUCAUUGAAAAAGAAAAGGGGAAAAGGAGAAGCAACUCAAGUUGCGCAGUUGGACGAAUGAAAAUAUAGAUAUGAAAUAGGAGACGCAGACAUAUUGGUGUCCCGUUUACUUUUUUCUCCACCCAAACCAAACCACACAUCUCAUUUUCUUUUAUUAUUUUGUCUGGUCAGUCAGUUAUUUGUAAAUAGUUUUGUUUUUGGUGUAAAUUUUUGGUUCAUUUUUUUUAGUCUAGGGGGGGCUUUUCCCGGGGGCGGGGGUUGCUAUUUAAGAGAUGUCCUAACUUUUUUGAUUCGCUUCACUUCCGAUAUCACCUCCUUGGAUUAGAAGCUAUAGAAAAUGAAUAACAUUAAAAGUGUUCAUAGAAAGCAAAUAGAAUAUCAUAAAAAUCAAGGGAAGUCAAGACGAAAAACCUAUAUUCAUAGUUUUUUGGUGUUUGGUGAAAAGUUUUCGAAGUUUUUCUUUUCUCCAUCUCUAUUCUCGUGGAUUUGCUAUCUUUUGCAGCAAAGAUUGUGCAAUUUGGUUGAGUAUGAAGGAUUUUAGCAUUUUUGGUGAAAAAACGAAAAAUGUUUUUGGGGUUUGGAAAAAUUCACAAAAGUCGUGUUGUCUGGCGUUCUCUCUAGCGUUUUUCUAUCUCUCAUUUUCUCUCCUUCUCUUUCGUCUCUUCUAGACGCAACACUCUCUCGUUUAUUUUUUCAAUUCGGUUUUUUGUGAAAUCAGGAUAUUUCACUAUUUUCACCGAGAACAUCAUAUAUGAGAAGGAAGAGAAAGACAAGACAAAGCCAGAAAAAUAACAAUAGGGUUGUAAAAUUUAACAUUAGAAGUUAUUUUUCUCCAAAGAACUGAAAAUCUUUCAAAAUUAAAAUUUCACAUGAAAAUUGGAAGAAUGAGGAUUGUUUUCGAGGUUUUUCUUUUUCCAUCUCUAUUCUCGAGGAUUUUGGAAAUGUAUUUUAGGUUGGAAAAGCGGGAAAUCAAGGCGAAAAACCUAUAAUCAUAGUUUUUUAGUGUUUGGUGUAAAGUUUUCGAAGUUUUUUCUUUUUGCAAUCUCUAUUCUCGAUGAUUUGCUAUCUUUUGCAGCAAAGAUCUUUGAAUUUGGUUGAAUAUGAACGAUUUUAGCAUUUUUGGUGAAAAAACGAAAAAUGGUUUUGGGGUUUGGAAAAAUUCACAAAAGUCGUGUUGUCUGGCGUUCUCUCCAACAUUUUUCUAUCUCUCAUUUUCUCUCCUUCUCUUUCGUCUCUUCUAGACGCAACACUCUCUCGUUUAUUUUUUCAAUUCGGUUUUUUUUUCGUGAAAUCAGGAUAUUUCCCCAUUUUCACCGAGAACAUCAUAUAUGAGAAGGAAGAAAAAGACAAGGCAAAGACUGAAAAAUAGAAAUAAAAUUGUAAAAUUUAACAUUAGAAGUUUUUUUCGAAAGAACUGAAACUAAAAAUUCGGAACGUUGAGUUUGAUAAUUUUUCAGUACCAAAGCGAGAAAAAAUGUUGUUUUAUUGCAUUUUUCCAAAUGGGUAAAAUUGUAUUUUUAUAAACGUCUUUUUCAUAAAAUGAUCUGUCAAUUUUUUUUUAAUUUGAAAUUCUAGAAAAAAUCGGUAUAAGAUUUCCUUAUAGUUUUUUUUGUCAAAUUCAAAUUACGAAAAAAAUGAGUCCAGAAGAGGCAGGUGUCUGUCUUUUUAUACACAUCUGUUUAGGCAUUUUCAUUUUCAUUUUCUCGUUUUUCUCCUGCUUUUAUUAUUAGGAAAUUGGCCAAUUCUAUUAUUUAUAUUGGCACAUAGUUUAAAAAACGCAUAGUACAAAUAGAAAUCGAAAUAAAUAAAAUUGAAAGUUGUUGAUAAGACCACUCUCCUCAAAAAUAAAUAAAUAUUCAAAUGCAAAUACAAUCCUAGUCCUAGAGGCUAGAAUUAAAUAUGUAUAACCCUGUCUCUCUCCAUUUUUGGCCCAACCUCUCUUAUUCAAAUAUUCUCAAAUUUCGACGAAUGCUAAAACUUUUUUUCAUUUUCUCACACAUUUUUAAGCUCAUUAGUUUUUAGUCUUUUGGAUAAAGGAACUUUGAAAUUUUUGAAAAUGCGAUUCGAAAGAUUUUUUUCAUACGUUUUUUAUUUCCUUUUGAAAAAUUAUUCCACUUUUUCAUAUAAAUGUGUGUGCGCUGGAGCAAACUUCAUUGUCUGUGUAUUAUUUUUUUAAUUCUUUUUGUGUUGUUUGAUCUGAAUUCUUCUGAUUCCCAUCUAUUUAGCACAAGUUUCCCUGAAGAAUUCAACCCCCGAACAUUGUUUUAUUAUUUUGUCAAAGUGAAACAAAUCUACUUAAAAACAAAACAUGAAAUUUCUCUGCUGUCUCUUCAAUUUUGUGAUAACAUUUCAAUGUUCUAAUCAAAUUAGAAAAUAUCAUACUUUCUUUUUUUCUUCUUUCGAUUUCCUUUCUUGAUCAUUUCUCUCUCCUUAUUUUAUUUUCAUUUUAACAAAUUUUCAAAAUCAAUUCAAAAAUACAAUUUGGCGCCAAAAUGGUUCCUAAUCUGAGUCAUCACUCACUCUACUCUUUUUUUUCUUCCUUUUUCUAUCAAUGAUGAUUCAUCCGUGCCCAUUUUUUGACUGUUUCUAACAUAAGUUUUCAGUUAGGAUUGAUUGAAUGAGCAAAUCGUCUUCAAAUAUCGAUUAUUUUCUACCACCAUGUGUAAGAUUUGGGAACUGAAAAUAUACAAAAUUCAAUGUUCCAAAUAAUAUUUUUUUUCAAUUUCAGGCCGAAUGUAGAUCAAAAGUGGAAGAAGCCAAAGAAGAAGAAAUUGAGGAAAAGGUUGGCUCAUAAUACAAAAACAUUUGUUCAAAUAAAAAUUAAAAGUUUUUGUUUCAGCCGAGUGUGAAUCGUGUCAUUUCUGCGCUUAUUCGAACAAUCGAAGAUUCCAGACAUACUGCAUUAGAUCGACCAAAAGAAUUAGCCAUUGAUAAAAUUCCGAAGCCUAAGGUUGUCAUGGAUUUUUUGUCGCAGGUGGGUUUUUGAAAAUGCAGGGAAUUUUGAAUCGAAAAUUAGAUCUUUUACAAUUUUCAGCCAAAAAAACGUUGUCAAAAACAGAUUUUGAAUUUUUGAAAUUUUUCAAUGAAAAAGGAAAUGUUUGGUUUACUAGGCCAUCUUUUUUCUUCCACAAAUUUUUUUUAUAAAAAAUUUAAAUUCAAAAAUAUUCCGUGCGUGAACUAAAUAAUUUCGAUUUCAUUUCUAUUUUUAAUGGCUCCUCAUUUUAUUUUUCAAAAUCCAAUUUUCAGGAUGCUGGCACCCAAACUACUCCAUUCGCUGCUUCUCGGUCUUCAUCUUUUGAUUGGAUAAAUGAUGCAACUGAAGGAAUACUUCGAGAUAUUCAAACACCAUUGGAAAAUACGCCAAGGUUUGUGUUUUUUUUCUGUGGUUUUUUCAUCCACACAUGUUUUCAAUUUCCCAAUUUUAUAUGUGUUUUUUUUAGAACCGAAGUUAUUCGCAAUUCAAAAACAUUUGUCGAAAGUUCUUCGGAUGAAGCUGAUCGCGAAGUUGCUAGUUUGAUUGCUGUUGAUAAUAAGAAAACUAUCGAUAAAAGGUUGGUGUAAACAUCAUGGUGAAAUAUGAAAAAUUAAAAAAUUUUAGUGUGUUCGAUCAAAUGGAUGAAGGUUUGGCACUUUUAUUGGAAUAUGGUGAACCAUCUGCUGUUCAAUAUCAUAAGGAAUUUCUGCAGAAGCAAGAGGCUUCACCUAUUCAAAUGAGAACUUCGUAUGAUUCAUUACCAAAUAGUGAGUUGGAAUCUUUGAUCAGAGAGAGUGGGGCUAAAUUAGAGGAUCAAAAAUUAGUUUGGAUUGUUGGUUUGUUGAAAACGUGGAAGUUGGGAGUUUGAAAAUUUUUAUAACCGAAUGUUUAUUGAAUUUUGAACAAUUUUUUUAAUUUGAAUACAAAAGAUAUUGAAAAAAAAUUAAAUUCUUGAAAAUAAAAUCCUGGAGAAAUCUUGUAAUGUUAAUUUUCAAUUGAGCUUCAGGACAGUUAUUCUAAAUUUUUCGAGAUGUUUUUCAAAGAGUGUAAUGUACUACCCAAAAUAAUCUUACCGUAAUAAAAUCAUCUGAAAAGUGAAAACCUCGAAAAUUUUUAAUCAAGAGGUACGGCUGAAACUCAUGAUUUUUUCUAAUUAUAUUUCAGUUUUUUUUGGCGUCAGAUUUUUUUUGCCCUGAAAAUCCUGAACACUUUUAUUUGAGACAAAUCAAAUCACCCCAUUUUUCCGGACCGAGCAAAAAAAAAAUCAGAGAUUUCUUCAUAUUGAAAUCAAAAAAAAAAAAAAAGAAAUGAUUCAUAUGGUUGCACUCCUCGAUUGAAACAAAUUGUUGUUGUUGUUUCUAUUAUUAUGAAACAAAUAUUGAUUUUGAGGAAGAAAUGAUUCUGACUUUAAACUAUACUAAAAAUAAAACAACAAUUUCUUCUAGAUUUUCGUCGAAAUUCUCGUCGCUCAACAGCUCAAAUUGUUGACAGUGUUUAUGAUAAUAUGAUGUUACCAAAAAGAAAUCAUUUUUCACCGCUGGUUCUACCCAAAAAUUCGACAAAUUUGAUGAUGAAAUCGAACGAAAAUAUCAAUUUGGAUAAAUCGAAGGAGAAUUUGGCGAAUAAUAAUAAUCAUUUGCAUAAAACGAAUUCAUUUGCAAAACAGCUUGCAGGUUAGUUUGUAUUUUUUAUUUUUCUUAGAUUUUGGGAGAUGGCACACCGGGAAAACGAAAAUAUUUGGAAAAAAGAUUAGAAAAUGCAAAAAAAAAGAAGGAAAAUGAAUUAGAUAAACACCACAUUCACCACUUUUUCGCAUGAUUUGUGAUUUUUCCACUUUUUUUUCUUCUCACAAUUAGAUGAUUUUUACUGUACUUAUGUAGUUAUCCGAAUUGUUUAUUUAGUUGUUUGCGUUUUUUUUUUGAACACUUGUAAUUUUUGGGGAAUACGGUUUGGAAAUGUUUUUCUAGUGAUUUCAUUUUUUCAGUUUUGAAUUUGUACAGAGAAAGUUUAUGUGACCUGAAUUUCGGACUUUUCGCGCCAAAAAAUUUAAUGAUUUCCUUUGAUUGUGAGAUUUUUCGAAAAAUUUCCGAUAUUUCCACGUGUCAUCAUUCUUUAGAAAACCAUUUUCAAAAAAAAUUUCUGAAAUUUUUUCGAUAAUUUUUUUUCGCGUCAUGUUUUUGAAUAUUUCAAAUGAGUUUUUUGAUCGAGAAAAAAUUCGAAAUCUCGAGUUUCAAUAUCGAUUUCUAUAUUUUCAAAAAAAAAUUCAAACUACAUUUUUACUUUUGCCACGUGAAACUUGUAUUUUUUUUUUCGAAAAAUCUGAUUAUCGAUCUUUCAAAGUUCAUAUAAAAUCAAAUAAAUGUUCACUUUUUUGUCUAAUCACCUGAUCGUCAUUUCCCAACAAACACAAACUCGAAUUUUUCUUGCGCUCUCCUUUUUUCUAUUUACAUGUGUUUUAUUUGGCUGCGUACCUCAUUUUCGUUAGCCUGAGUAUCAUAUGUUGAUUGUCAGAUAAUAAAUCAUUACAAAUGAUCGUAAAUCAAUGUACAUAGCUACAACCAUUUUUUCGCAACAUUUUCAUAAUUAUCUUUUGCUGCGCGACAGAAAAACUUGAUAAAAAUUACAUUGUUUUACAAAUAUUUGAUAUGUUUUGAAUGGAUGCGAAAAAAAAUGGAUAUAGGAUAACUGGGAAGAGAUUUCAAAAGAAAAUUUGAACAAUUUAGAAUUUUUCGUGAAACUUAGGCUAAUUUAGAUAUCCUGAUAAUAUCAAAAAUAUUUGAAUUUAUCCUAAUUUCAACUAAAAUUAAUUUUAGGAAAACAAAAAAAUCACAAAUUGUUGUUUAAAAUCUGGUUGAAAGUGAUUUAUGGGGAAUAAUUAGUCUCACAGUCUCACAGACAAAUAUUUACAAAUUCAUAUACUCAUUUGAAAUAUUGUUUGUGUAAAUUAAUACUAACUGCCAAUUCACGUACGGUAUGUAAAAUAUCCAUAAAUCAUAGGUUUUUUUUGGCCGACUUCUCUUUAUCAUUCGUAUUGUAUUUGUCGUCUCCAAAUAUUUGACAAGACCCAAGUGUUAAUAGGCAUAGGAAAAAGUGUCAUAAAUCGAACGCGCGCCCGAAAAAAAAAACACUUGAUUAGGAUACGAAUAUUAUUUUAAUCAUUUUCAAUUGAUGAUUUCCUAUUUCAUCUGAAUAAAUGUACUUACCACCACUACCGCCGCCGAUUCCUCGAAAAUUCUAUGAUUUUUCAUAUUUUUCAAAUUAUGAUUAUUAUUGGAAUCGAGCUAUGAGAUAUUAUCAGGCGGAAGAUUGGAGAAGAAUUAGGAAAAGGAGGAAGUUGAGUGAGUUAUGGUAACUGGAUAGAAAUUUGAUAGGUAUUUCAAUUUUGAGACUAGAUUUUUUUGAAAAUCAGAAAAUCAACAUUAGGAUUUUUCGGCGGAAGUUGGAGUGGCCUACCGAGUUUUGCAAGACUUGAAUUUUAGUAGUUUAUGAAAACUUCAAAACAGGUUUUCAGUGAGAAAGUCCGCGUAACAAAAAUAUUUCAAAGAACACGUAGCAAUAUUGAUUUUAAAAACAAAAUUUAAAGCAUUUUUUGAGAUAAAAGCAUUCACGUGGCAGAAUAUUUUAGACAAACAAAUUUAGGUGAACUUUUCAGUUUUACAGAUAAAUCAUGAAGAUUCAAGCUUUUCAGAAAUUUUAUCUGAAAGUUUUUGAGUACCAUAUGGGUUCCGAAGAAAGUUGAAGAAAAAAGUUAUAUGAAGACUUUUAAUCUGGAGUUGUUAAAUUAGGACCAGGUCCGUUUUUUAAAGAAAAAAUUUCCACUCUGAACUUCAUGAGUUCCACAAACCCUUGGACUUUGUGCUCACUUUUAUUAGUAUUUGAUUAUUUUUCUCCAAAAAACCUGAAAUUUUAUGGUUUUUAUUAUUAUUUUGUUCCUCUCUUUUCACUAUUUGAAAAAGGUGGAAGAAAAGACACACAAUAAAAAUUAUGAUUUUAUUAUUUUUCGCGACUUUACGAACCUUUUUUCUCGUUCGCCCCGUGAAGAAUUCCAUGCCCGCCCCAAACACAAAUAUUUCGGUUCUUUUUGAUCAUUUUUGUUGGCCUGUCAAAAACUAUUCGACCUUCUUUACUAUAAAUUUGCAUAUUUUCCGGUCGAGACCCAUAAAAAAUAAUGGGCGAAUGAUUGGAAAAUAUUUUGGUGUUAUUUAUUUGUGGACACAUUCCUUAUAAGGAAUUAUUUUUGAUUUUUACAGAACGGGAUGCCGAUGAAGCAUGUAAUUGGUUGAAACAAGCUGGAUUUCCGCAAUACGUGAAACAAUUUGAAGGUUAGUUGAAAAAGGGAACUUGGGAUAAUUUGGUAUCAAAACUACAGUAAUCGGAGAAGCUGGGAUUUUUUUGUGAAAAAAGAUUUUGAAAUUUGAAACUUAUUAUUUCCAGGAAGCCAAUUUUCAUUUUAGGUGUUCAAAAUUUUAUAAUAUUUUCUGAGAUUCUGAAAUUUCAAAUUAAUUCAAUUUUCUAACCAAAAUUCAAAACUUCCACAGAAUUUAAAUUCCUGAAACUAAAAAUGUUUCUCUAACUUUCAGAGCUCAUUCUUUCCUCUCAAAUUGUUUUCAUAAAAAAGUUUCCCGACAGUUUUUUUCAAAGUGUAAUAUGCUCUACACAAAAUCAACAAAACGUUUUUAUUUAACGAUAUAUUUAUGUAUUUAGUUCUCAAUUUUUUUGAUAAACUCUAGUUUUUAUUGUUUCAAACCAAAAAAUGACAAAUUCGAGACGCCUUUCAUUUUAUUUCUCAAAUAUGAAAUAUUACUGUCGAAAAAAAGCGGAGAUUUGUCAAAUGAUAAAUUUUCGGAAAUAGCGUUGUUUUUUUUUCUUCAAUUUUCUCUUCUCUCAUUUUUCCUAAUGAAGGUCAUCUCAUCUCAUUAACCUCACUUACAAAUUUUGAUUCGAGGUUUUUUGAGUUGAAAUUCGGAAAAAGAAGUUUUAUUUCGAUUUUUUUCUGAAGUUUGGGAUUUUUCUGGGGAAAACUUACUUUGCUGAAUUUUGGAACUGAAUUUGAAUAGUCUCAAAGAAGUACUCAUUAUUAGUUUUUGACUGGAAAAAACGCAAUAUAAUUUUUAAUUUCAAAUGCCAUUAUAGGCUCGAAGUUUCACUGUUCAAAAAACAUUUCAAAAUUCAGAUUCAGAAUUUUUGGCCGGAUUUUCAGAAAUUUAACCUGUUUUGAAAAUAAUAAAACUUUUAGCGGGUUCUUGGAAACUGAAAUACAUUAGUUUCACUAAACUAAUAAUUGUUAGUGUUUGACCGCAAUAAUUUCACUUCUAAUUGGAUUUUGAUUUGUUUAGUUUUUACCCGAACAUUUAUUAUUCUAUAAAAAUCCAGCAAGAAACUUAGCCAAAAUUCAUCAAUUUUCAGUUUUCAAUUUUUUUAAAAACCUCAAUUAAAUUUUAUUCCAAAUUUCACUUCUCAUCGGAUAUAUCAAGAUUCCAGUUUCAUUCAGUUUCAUUCUUCAGGGCGUCAAAAAUAUUUCACUUUUCUUUUUCUUUUUGAAAUCUAAUGACACAAUCAAUUUUCACUUUUUUGUCUGUUACAUAAUAAUAUAUCCCUCUAAUUUUCAUAAAACUUAUCCUAUUCUGGAAUCAAAUUAGACUAAUUUUGAUUCGAAAAAAACACACGACAUUGAUUAAUUUGAUAAGAAUGGAAUUGGAUUUGGGAUUUAAAAAGUUUUCCAAGUAAAAUCCCCCAAAAAUGUUUUUUUCUUGAUACAAAUUUGCUACCUGUCCUGCCACACCCGUUUUUUAUGUGAGUGUUACAAAAAAAAGUUGCAAAUCUUUUUUUUUCGCUUUUGAAUGAAUGAUUUUAUUUUAUGAGAAAUUUGUCAAAUUUAUUCCGAAUCGCAUCAUUUUUUGAAAAAAAGUUUUGGGUAAAUAUUUGAUCUUACUGGUUUAUUUGUAAUUGGCUGAAAUUAGAAAAAAAUCUUGAUUUUUGCAGAAGGCGAUUUUCCAAUUGAUACAAAAGUUGUUGAACGGGAUCACGGUUUUCUUGGAACCGAUUCAUUGCGAUCGCUAUUUCGAAGAAUUGAUACUUUGAAUCGAUGCGCAAUUAUGAAAGUGGACAACGUUGUAAUGAGACGAAGAAUGGUUGGUUUUUUUCAGGGUUGGGGAGAUUUGUAUUUGGAUUUUGAUGUUGAAAAAUUGAUUAAGGGAGAGUCUUAGUUCUCUGAAUCUUCAAAAAAAACCAGAAAAAUUGUCUACCUUGAAACUACAGCGUAGUUUACAGUCUUUUUGAGUUUCCUGAUUUCGUAAUGAACCUAAUUUUGGUCUACUUCAUUUCAAGGGAUCUAAUUUUGAGGAGCCCAAUUUUUUUGAAAAGUCCCAAGGUCUUUUCUCAAAAUAUUUUGAAUAGAAAAAUGUUGUAUGAAACUAUAGUGUAGUUUAAACUACAUUUUAUAGAAGCUUGACAUUUUUAACAAGUUUUGCUUUUUUUCAUAUCGGUUAAAAAGGUUUCAACUUUUUUUUUCAAAAUAUUUGAGAUCAACAAAAAAUAUCAGAAUUUUAUACAGUAGAACUUGGAUUUCCAAAUCUAGAUUCUUAACUUCAGUUUUUCUCAAAUCUCUAGAGAUUCCCUAACUUCCUAUUCAUUUAUCAAAAUAAUGUUUUCUUCUUCCAGAACAAUGAUUAUUCGACAUAUGCGGGUGCCACCUAUGAUGAUGAAGAUAAUGUAAGUUAUUCUCACAGUUUUUGACACUUUCAUUCUUUCAUUCUUCUCCUCCCAGAAAUAAUUCAUAUUUAUUACUUCCUUUCCACCUUUUCUUAUAUGGUAGAUUCUGUUGUUGUGUAAAAAAAAAGAAAAAAGCCUGAUUUUUUUGUCCGUCCAAAUUAGUAGUAGUAUGUUAUGUUUGUGUCGUGUUGAAUUAAUUAAUUAGCGAGCGAGCGAUAGAAAAAAGAUAGAGAAAAGAUAAAACAAUAUUUAUAUUUAAUAUAGUUAAGGCUUGAAAAUUCUUGAUUUUUGGUGUAAAAUAUUCUAGGAACUCACACCCGUUGUGAACCCGUGGAUUCUUGAAAAUUGAAUUUCCUAGGCUUGGCUACUUUACAUAGAAGCUCUUAAAGCGCAGCUCCUUGUCAGAGUUGAGACAUAUACGCAGGUCCUAGACACUUAGAUUGACUAGGCACGGCUGCUUGAGAACUAGCCUAUCUAGGCGCGGAUCCUUGAUAAUUCGGUUCUCUAGGCUUGACUACUUGUCAUUGUAACUCUCAAGUUUCAGCUUCUCUGGAAUCAAUUUUGAGUAAAAUAGCUUCUGAUCAUCUUUAAAGAGUAGAAUUAAUUUUGAGCGCAAUUUUGCCACGUCAUAACUCAUGUUAAGAAUUGAUCUAGUCUAAAUUUAACUGGAAUUGUGCUUAGCAUAUCAAAAUUAAUUUCUCCAAAAAAAUUCCUAGAUUUUUUCGGUAACAUAAGCUUAUCAACAAUCUUUCGAUUCUAUUUUUUUUUUGAGAAAAUCAAUCAAUUUAUUUUUUUCGGUCCAAUCUUUGAUGAUUGGGUAUUUUUUGUUGGUUCCAGCAAAUUAGUUGUUUUUUUUUGUCAUUUCUCUGACCACCCGUUUAUACAAAAACAAAAAAAGAAGGAAAAGAAAAGGAGAUAUCGUAUUAUUAUCAAUUAGCUAUAUGUCAAAUUAUAUAUCGAUAUCUUUUUUUUCAUCACAUUCUUUUUAAUCUCCUGUUAAUUUUCCAAUUUAUCAGACUUAGGCUUGGCUUGCAUAAAUUAGGUCCAAACUUAGGAUUAGCUAAAGUUGUAGACAGUGCCACUUGUGGGAACUAGUUGUUUAGAAUCACGCCAAACUUGCGCUUAGCCUGAGCUCAAGCAUCAGAAAGUGAUCUUUUUAGAUGUCUGAAUCGAACCACUUCAAAAAAAUAGUCUAAUUUUUUUCGGAAACUAAAAAAUAAUCCAUUUUUAGAGCCCAUAUUUUCUUAAAAUUCUAUUCAUUUAUAGGUUGCUCUAUCAAAUAACUGGCAUUAUCAACGUCAAUCUCAAACUUGGAAUCGUAUUCCACAUCCACAAACUUCGGUUCCAAGAAUCGAGACAAUUAAUGGAAGUGGUGCAGCAAAUAGUCGAAUUGUCUCAACAAAACCCAAUUGGCAAAUGUCUUCUUCAUCAUCGCCAUAUUUUGACAAGUUGGUUUUUUCUUCGCCUUUUUUAAGUAGCUCUCAUCAUUUCUGAACCACCCGAUUGAUUUUUUCUCCUUUUUUUUCUUGAAAUUUUUUCUUGGUUUUUCGAAAAAGACGAGAAGAAUUUAUUUAGAACAAAGUUGAUAGCGCGCAAAAAACUUUCACCCGAUUUUUUUAUCAUUAUUUUAUUUUAUUUUCAUUUUUAUAUCAACAAACCCCCACGAAAUUUAUUAGUUACGGAUAAGUUUUUUUUGAAGAUGAUUGUGAUUUUUUUCGGCAGUUUUGGGUGUUUUUCGGGGAAAUAUGGGUUAUGACGUGGCUAUAUGAUUUUUUGUUUGAACUUUGCCACGUCAUAACUCAAUCAGAAAAAACCACUCGAAACUUUGGAAUUUCAAAAAGGUGUUCAAGAUUUUGAUUUUCCCUUUUUCCGAAAACAAAUUUGGGCCAUUUUUAUGAAGGGUUCAAAUUUUGACUUUCUAAAAAUGUUUCAUUUUUCGUCCCAUACAUUUUUAUUGGUUGAAUAGGGUCCAUAUUUUUCCUUGAAUUCAACCUGAUUCAGUAUUUCCCCAAACUCAUCUCCUAUCUUUAUUUCCAGACAAAGUGGACAUCAAGUGUCAACAAGAACAAAUUGGUACGAAGCUCCAAAUCCUUCUCGACGAGAACCAACUCAGGAUAAUACAUCAACAAUUGCUUGUGUUUCAAAUUCAACUUCAAAUAAUUCGGCGGCCGCUGCAGCUGCUGCAAAACUUCAAAGAUCACAAAGUGAAAGAAUUCGAGAUCGAGCGCGGGCAAUCAUAAAGAAAAUGGAUUUGAGAUCGACGAGUCGACGAAGAAAAGAAAGAUCGCCUGAACAAUCACAACAAAAAUCAUCCGACAGAACUCUUAUUAUUGGUGAUCCUGUUCUUGUUUCUUAUGAUACAGCAACAAAUGAAUCAAUGAGAAUGAUGAAUUCAGCAAGGCCAACACAUUUACCUGGUUGGUUUUUUUCUCAGUUUUCAUUUUAGUUUUUCUCUAUUUUGGAAUGAUGUGUGCAGUGAUCUAUUUUUUAGACCGUGGCCGAUCCCUUUAUCCAACCGCCUCUUCUCAAUUAAAUAAUAGUAAUAACCUAACAAACUCCCAUCAUCAUCAAUCUCGCUCAAAAUCAGCUCGUCGACAAGGUGUUGUUCUUCUAACACCCUCAAGUCCUGAAUCUUCUGAUCCGGAAUCAUUUAUAUUUCAACGAUAUCAACGUCCGGUGCCAGUUCAUAAUCAACAUCGACGCGAUUGUUCGAUGCCUCCACCAAGACAGCGAGGAAAUUAUGGGACGGUGACGAGUUCGGAAUACGGUAUGCCGACGAGAAGAGAAAGAACACCACUUGACGCAUUUUUAUAUGCAAAUGGUGGAUUGAUGACGAAUUCGUUGACAAGGUUUGUUGAAUUUUCACGCUGUUAAAAUUUUGAUGGCCCAUAGAAAAGUUCUUUAGAUAGGUUCGAAGGAUUUUCAUAUAAGUUCUAAAAGCCCUGCUUUAUUCUUACAGUAUUUUUUCAAAUAUUUAAAUGUGACAAAUAAAUUUCAACACUGAAAUUCAUUUAGAAAUGUUGAAGGGUCCCUAGACAUAUUCCAAAGAUUCCUAGAUAACCUCUAGAUAAGUUCCAGCCGCUCCUAAUUAAGUUCCAAAGGUUCUAAAGUCCCUGUUCCAUUUUUACGGUAAUUUACUGAAUGUUUUAAUCUGAAAAAUCACGCGCUAAAUUUCAUAUCAAGUUUUUUAAAAUUAAUUUCACGUAAAUCCUCCCGAAAUCAUUUUUCAAUAUUUUUCAGACCAUCUCGAUCUGGCGGUCUAACCCGUAUUCCACCAUAUUCCGAACCUGUUCCCCCACUUCCACAAACUCCUCCACCACCGCCGCCGCCACAUUCAAACGGAGGACUUCUUGUUGCUCGAACUGAUCAAAGAUCACAUAAUUUGGUGGUUCAAUCUGAUGGUUAUUAUAUGCAUGGUUUGUAUCUAACAAUUGUUUCAUUGAAAUACUAAUCAACUUUUUUCCUCAUUAUUAUUAUUUUAUUGAUUGAUUAUCAAUUAAUUAAUUAAUUAGGCUAAUUUCAGAUAUGCCACCUCGAAAUCGUUUUGAUGAUUCACCUUCUACCUCAUCGCAUCUCAAAGUUGAAACUCAAAAAUGUUUUGGCGAAAGUUCAGUUGAUCAUACUACAGACGAAGAGACAAAUACAAUGAACACAAAUUUGUCAUCAACAUUGAAUCGCCGACGUGAUUCUGGAGUUGGCUCAAGUUUGUCUCGUUCACCAAGUGGUCCGUCAACUCAACGAAUUCGUCAAUCAAUUCUUCAAUAUUGUCUACCUCUUUUAUCACAACAAUCUCUUUUAUUAUCCACGUCAUCUGUCAAUAAUUCUACCUCGUUAAGUUCGAAUGGAUCGUGGCAAAAUUUGAAGAAGAGAAAUGCUUCAUUGAUGGCAAGUUCGAUUACAUCAAGGUAAGCGGAGCGGGUUACCGUAGGAGGAAAAGUCCUGGGGAGAUUGGUCUUCUGAAAUUUUCAACUUUUAAAAAACUGGAAUUUUCAUUUUAAAAAGAUCUGAUCUUAUUUUUUUGGGUUUUCCAGAAAAAAAAUCUAGAUUUUUGAUAUACAAAAAAUUAGAAACUGAAAACCUUCAACAUCUGGAACUUCAGCAGUGGACUCGAUGAAACAUUUUUCACCGAUGUCGAAAUGGCUCGAUCAAUGGAUUCAUUAAACAUCAUCGAAAUUGCGAGACUCCGAAAGUUAGCCUAUCUUCAAAUAACUGCAAUGCUCGAAAAAACAAUGGGUGUGAAUUGCAAAAUUGGAGAAAUGGAUGAAAAUGGAAUAACAACAUUGAAAACAAAUCCGAAUAAUAAUUGGAGUGUUCAUAAAUUAAUUAAAAAGAUGAAAAUUAAUGAUGGAAAAGGGGCUAAAGGUAAUUUUUGAUUUUCUAAUUAAUUAAUUAAUUUUUAAAAAAUUCCAAAGUUCCAGAUAUCGAUGACGGUGGAGUUUUUGGUGUUGGUUUGGACACAAUUUAUCGUCGAAGUGGUUUCUGCUUGCCACGUCCAAUUCUAGAAAUUCUCCGAUUUUUACGUCAAAUGGCACCGGAAACCGUGGGAAUUUUCCGGAAAAAUGGUGUGAAAUCUCGAAUCGCAGAACUUCGUCAAAUCGCUGAUCGCGAUCCCUCGCCAUUCGGCGAUGUUUUCGUUGGUGACAAUAGUUUGGAUUCGGGACAAGUUCAUGACGUGGCUGAUUUGCUCAAACAAUAUUUGAGGGACUUGCCUGAACCAUUAAUGACAAUUAAAAUGUCGGAGAUUUUCUCGAAUAUUUUCCAAUUUGUUCCCGAAGUUGAUCGAUUGUUGGCUGUUCAAUAUGCAUUGAUUUUAAUGCCUGAUGAGAAUCGAGAAGCUGUUCAGACUUUGAUGAUGUUUUUGAGAGACGUUGCCAAAUAUUCGCAAGUUAAUAAUGUGAGUUUUUGGGUUAGAAAGGUGUGGAAAAUGGUUGGACUAGGCUCUCUAGGGUCGGCUACUUGAUAUAGAAGCCCUCAAGUCACGGUUUCUUGUCAGAGUGGUUCUAUAGAUGUGGUCCCUGGACUCAUCAAAUUCCUAAGGCGUGGUUACUUAAAACUUAAAGUUUGUAGGCUCGCCUACUUGGUAUAGAAGCUUUCAAAGCGUGCCUACUUGAGAACUAGGCACUCUAGGCGCUGCCAUAUUCUAAAAAAAUGUUCUUACCCCAAUCUUCCAUAAUUUCAGAUGACCGCUCAAAAUCUAGCAGUUUGUUUCACUCCCUCAUUAUUCCAAUUAUCCGCCUCUCGCCUCGAUAAAAUGUCAACACCAACUCGCCGCCAUAAAACAAUCGGUGCAUCUGGAAUGCCAACUGAAAAAGAAAUGAAAGAAACGCGAGCUUGUCAACAAUGUCUGACAAUGUUGAUUGAAUAUUCGAAAACUAUAUUCAUGGCGCCUGAUUGUAUUGAUGAAAGAACUGAUAUUGAACAAGAUAUUCCAGCAUUGAAAGAUUUGGGAUUGAAAGGUCCACGAACAUUUUUGAUUGAUCGAGUAUUUGAUAUGAUAAAAGAUCAUGGAGAAAGAUGGAAAGGAUGGCAAAUUGAAACACCGUGGUGUGGAAUUGAAAUAUCAUCGAAAAAAGCAAAUGAUUCGCAUCCAUUGAAAACAUAUCGAGUUUGGAUUGAUAUCGAAGCACCGCCAAAAGUUGUAAUGAGUCGAAUAAUGCGAGAAAGACACAUUUGGGAUUGUAAUGUGAUUAAUUGGCGGCAUUUGGAAUAUGUUAAUCAACCAGAUACUGAUAUUCAUCAAUAUGUUUUGAAUGAGACAAUCAGUCAUCCAACAAAAGAUGUUUGUCUGGUUCGAUUCCAUUCUGCUUCAUUUACGGAGAUUCGAGGAGCUUGUGCGAUUGCGGAAAGAAGUGUGCAGUGUAAUGAGCAACAAAUGUUGGGAGGAUUAUCGGCGGCGGUUUUGGAUCAAAGAUUUUUGAUUGAACCGAAGAGUGGGGGACAAUCGAGAGUUAAUUAUAUUGCUAGAGUUGAUUUGAAGUGAGUGUGGGGGAUUUUUUUUUGAAGAAAAUCGGUCUUGCGACUUCCGGAAGUUCCGAAAAGUUUUCCCAAACUAAAUUUGCGAGAAUAUAAAAGUGUUCAUUUUGGUCAAUUUUUUCGAAAGCUAUUGAUAAGAAUGGAAACAGUUUUUUUUGGGAAAGCUGAAUUUCGGAUAAAAACUUUUUGAAAAAAAUUAAAACUUGGCGCAACUAAAAUUCAGCUUGCAAAAGUUUUGAAAGUUUUCCAAAGUUUUUAUCCUAAAUUUUUUUGGUUUACCCUAAAAAAUUGUUGAUUUCUGACAUAAUUUUCGAGAUUCUGUAAAAAUUUGGAAAAAUUUUGCCACGUGACAUAAAUUUAGUGCGAAUAAAUAUGAAUUCGAAAGUUUUUUAUUUAUUUAAUGUUUUUUAAAAUGUUCCCCAAUAUUCAAUAUUUUUCAAAUUCUAUAAAAAACUGUUUUUUUUUGAGAAAAUUUGACUUUGUAUAAAAAAUAUCCUAAUUUUGCAGAGGUCGAACUCAUCAAUGGUACAAUAAAGUAUACGGUAGUAUAAUGGCUCGUCAAAUGCAAAGACUUCGUGAUUCUUUCCAAAAUGACGAUCCUUCAAAUGGUCCAGAGACCAAAAUUUAA